UGGCUCAUUGAUGAUCCAGGGUGAAAAGAUGGCGACACAGAAAGAGGUCCUCUUGGGAAUUUUGGAAGAUUUGGGAGCCGAGGACUUUAAAAAGUUCAAGUGGUACCUGCAGCAGAAGGAGGUCCUGGAAGGCUUCCCAGCAAUCCAAAAGAGUCGACUGGAGAAUGCAGACAGGGUGGACACAUUAGAUCAGAUGGUCCAGAACUAUUGUAUAAACACUACUAAAGUGAUCAGAAUAGUUUUGGUAAAGAUAAAUAAGAAUGAUCUAAUGGAAAAUAUCCCAAACACCAUCUCAGAACCCACAGAGAUUCUUGCUGAGUGCCGGCGUAAACUGAAAUCAAAACUGAAGAAGAAGUUCCAGUGUGUGUUUGAGGGGAUUGCUAAAGCAGGAAACCCAACCCUUCUGAACCAGAUCUACACAGAGCUCUACAUCACAGAGGGAGGGACUGCAGAGGUCAAUGAUGAACAUGAGGUCAGACAGAUUGAAACAGCAUCCAGGAAACCAGACAGACCAGAAACCACCAUCAGACAAGAAGACAUCUUUAAAGCCUCACCUGGAAGAGAUGAACCAAUCAGAACAGUGAUGACAAAGGGAGUGGCUGGCAUUGGGAAAACAGUCUUAACACAGAAGUUCACUCUGGACUGGGCUGAAGACAAAGCCAACCAGGACAUACAGUUCACAUUUCCAUUCACUUUCAGAGAGCUGAAUGUGCUGAAAGAGAAAAAGUACAGCUUGGUGGAACUUGUUCAUCACUUCUUUCCUGAAACCAAAGAAGCAGGAAUCUGCAGGUUUGAAGAGUUCCAGGUUGUGUUCAUCUUUGACGGUCUGGAUGAGUGUCGACUUCCUCUGGACUUCCACGACAAUGAGGUCCUGACUGAUGUUACAGAGUCCACCUCAGUGGAUGUGCUGCUGACAAACCUCAUCAGGGGGAACCUGCUUCCCUCUGCUCGCCUUUGGAUAACCACACGACCUGCAGCAGCCAAUCAGAUCCCUCCUGAGUGUGUUGACAUGGUGACAGAGGUCAGAGGGUUCACUGACCCACAGAAGGAGGAGUACUUUAUGAAGAGAUUCAGAGAUAAGAAGCAGGCUGACAGAAUCAUCUCCCACAUCAAGACAUCACGAAGCCUCCACAUCAUGUGCCACAUCCCAGUCUUCUGCUGGAUCACUGCUACAGUUCUGGAGGUGUUGAAGACCAGAGAGGGAGGAGAGCUGCCCAAGACCCUGACUGAGAUGUACAUCCACUUCCUAGUGGUUCAGUCCAAACUGAAGAACGUCAAGUAUGAUGGAGGAGCUGAGACAGAUCCACACUGGACUCCAGAGAGCAGGAAGAUGAUUGAGUCUCUGGGAAAACUGGCUUUUGAGCAGCUGCUGAACGGCAACCUGAUCUUCUAUGAAUCAGACCUGACAGAGUGUGGCAUCGAUAUCAGAGCAGCAUCUGUGUACUCAGGAGUGUUCACACAGAUCUUUAAAGAGGAGAGAGGCCUGUACCAGGACAAGGUGUUCUGCUUCGUCCAUCUGAGCGUUCAGGAGUUUCUGGCUGCUCUUCAUGUCCAUCUGACCUUCAUCAACUCUGGUGUCAAUCUGCUGGCAGAAGAACAAACAACCUCCUGGUUGUCUAAAGUAUUUGGAGGGAAACCUGAACCAUAUCAUCUCUAUCAGAGUGCUGUGGAAAAGGCCUUACUGAGUCCAAAUGGACACCUGGACUUGUUCCUCCGCUUCCUUCUGGGUCUUUCACUGAAGACCAAUCAGACUCUCCUACGAGGUCUGCUGACACAGACAGGAAGUAGCUCACAGACCCAUCUGGAAACAGUUGAGUACAUCAAAAAGAAGAUCACUGAGAAUUUUUCUCCAAAGAGAAACAUAAAUCUGUUUCAUUGUCUGAAUGAACUGAAUGAUCGUUCUCUAGUGGAGGAGGUCCAACAGUACCUGAGUUCAGGAAGUCUCUCCACAGAUGAACUCUCUCCCACUCAGUGGUCAGCUCUGGUCUUCAUUUUACUGUCAUCAGAAAAAGAUCUGGACGUGUUUGACCUUAAGAAAUACUCCGCUUCAGAGGAGGCUCUUCUGAGGCUGCUGCCAGUGGUCAAAGCAUCCAACAAAGCUCUACUAAGUGGCUGUAACCUCUCAGAGAGAAGCUGUGUAGCUCUGUCCUCAGUUCUCUGCUCCCCGCCCUCUAGUCUGAUAGAGCUGGACCUGAGUAACAAUGACCUCCAAGAUUCAGGAGUGAAGCUGCUCUCUGCUGGACUGGAGAGUCUACACUGUGGACUGGAAACACUCAGGCUGUCGGGCUGUCAGGUCACUGAGGAAGGCUGUGCAGCUCUGGCCUCAGCUCUGAAGUCCAACCCCAGCCAUCUGAGAGAGCUGGACCUGAGCUACAAUCAUCCAGGAGACUCAGGAGGAAAGCUGCUAUAUGCUUGUCAGGAGGAUCCACACUUGAGACUGGAUGCUCUCAGUUUAGACCAUGGUGGAGAGCAGAGACUGAAACCUGCCAUGAAGAAGUAUUCCUGUGAACUCACACUGGACACAAACACAGCAAACAGAGAGCUUAAACUGUCUGACAACAACAGAACGGUGACACUUGUGAGAAGGGAACGGACAUAUCCUGAUCAUCCAGAGAGAUUUGACCACUGGAAACAGCUGCUGUGCAGAAAUGGUCUGACUGGUCGCUGUUACUGGGAGGUCAAUUGGGAAGGGCUGGUUCAUAUAGCAGUGACUUACAGAGGAAUCAGAAGGAAAGGAAAGGGAUAUGACUGCAGGUUUGGAGGGAAUAAUCAGUCCUGGAGUCUGAGCUGCUCUGGUGAUGGUUUUUCUGUCUGUCACAAAAAGAUAAAAACAGAUCUCCCUCCUUCCUCCUCCUCUGUCUCUAACAGAGUUGCAGUGUAUGUGGACUGUCCUGCUGGCACUCUGUCCUUCUACAACGUCUUUUCUGACACACUGAUCCACCUCCACACCUUCAACACUAUGUUCACUGAACCUCUUUAUCCUGGGUUUAGGUUUGUGUCCAAGCCUGGUUCCUCAGCGUCACUCUGUUUUCUGUAGAAGGUGUAAUGUCUUCCUGACAUCUAAAUAAUCCAAAGAAGGAAUCACUCUGGAAACUUGACAUUUCUAUACCAUUUUUAGAAACAUCUUGACCAUGUUAACAACUCAUAGCAACAACCUGGACAUCCCGGGUCUCUCAUUAACUUAUCAUACACUGUCCACUACUGUAUGUGUACCAGUGCAUUUUCCAAAAUGAACAGGCCUGAAAUUGUUUUGUUUUAUGCAUACUCUUUCCUGUGAGAACUUGAGCAUCAAGGUUAAGAAAGGCUUCCUCGUAGACUCCCCAAUUAUCUCCUUGCAUUCAUUGUUGAUAUAAUUUCCUCUGAGUCAGACACUCUAAUCACCCUCCGGUGUAACAAGCUCUUUGCCCCAGCUGUAG